AUUAAAGAACAAAAAAUUGUUGUGGAUGAACUUUCUAACCUGAAGAAACACAGGAAAGUAUAUAGGCAACAACAGAACAGCAACAUAUUCUUUCUUGCAGACCGAACAGAAAUGCUUUCUGAAAGCAAAAAUAUAUUGGAUGAGCUGAAAAAAGAAUACCAAGAAAUAGAAAACUCAGAGAAGAACAAAACCAAGAAAUAGUCAACUUGACUUCACAUAACAAUGUGUGGCAUUUGUUGUUCUGUAAGCUUUUCCGUUGAACAUUUUAGCGAAGAUUUGAAGGAGGAUUUACUCUAUAAUCUUAAACGACGGGGACCACAUAGUAGCAAACAAUUGUUAAGGGCUAAUGAAUACUACCAGUGUUUAUUUUCUGGUCAUGUGCUUCACUUAAGAGGUGUUUUGACUGCUCAGCCUCUGGAAGAUGAGAGAGGCAAUGUGUUUCUGUGGAAUGGAGAAGUCUUUAGUGGAAUAAAGGUUGAAGCCAAAGAGAAUGAUACUCAAAUAAUGUUUAAUUAUCUUUCCUCUUGUCAAAAUGACUCUGAUAUUUUGUCACUCUUCUCAGAAGUCCAAGGUCCUUGGUCUUUUAUAUAUUAUCAAGCAUCUAAUCAUCAUUUGUGGUUUGGUAGGGAUUUUUUUGGUCGCCGUAGCUUGCUUUGGCAUUUUAGUAAUUUGGGCAAGAGUUUCUGCCUCUCUUCAGUUGGUGCCCAAAUGUCUGAAGUGGCCGAUCAAUGGCAAGAAGUUCCAGCAUCUGGAAUUUUUAGAAUCGAUCUCAAAUCUACUUCCAUUUCUAAAUCUGUAGUUUUAAAAUUGUAUCCUUGGAAAUGUAUUUCUAAGGAGAAUGUUAUCAAAAAAUGUGUUGAUAGCCUGACCCAGAUUUCAGCAAACUUGCCAACAUUUGUAUCAGUAGUAGCAAAUGAAGCCAAACUAUAUCUCAAAGAACCUGUUGUUCCUUUAAAUACGAUGUUGCCGCAAGCUUCAUUUGCUACUCAUUGCAGUAACAUUUCCAGCAUGCCUCCUACAAGACAGACACUUCAGGGUUUUCUUGCUGAUGGAAACAUGAAGGAAAGAGUUCAGCAGUUCAUUGAUGUCCUGAGUAUUGCGGUCAAGAGACGAGUCUUAUGUUUACUGAGGGAUGAAAACCUGACCCCAAGUGAAGAUUUGAAAACUUGUGAUAGGAAAGCAAAUGUUGCAAUCCUGUUUUCUGGGGGUAUUGAUUCCAUGGUUAUUGCAACUCUUGCUGACCGUCAUAUUCCUUUAGAUGAACCAAUCGAUCUUCUUAAUGUGGCUUUCAUGACUAAAGAAAAGACCAUCCCAACUGGUUUUAACAAAAAAAGGAGUAAACAGAAAACUUGUGAAAUUUUAGAGGAUUCUUCUGAAGAAUCCUCUAAAAACGCUGCUGCUGCUGCCGCUGCUGCUGCUGCUCCUGAUAAACAAUUCAGUGUGCCAGACCGAAUCACAGGAAGAGCUGGACUAAAGGAACUGCAAGCUGCUAACCCUUUCCGGAUUUGGAAUUUUGUUGAAAUUAAUGUUUCUCUUGAAGAACUGCAAAAAUUAAGAAGGACUCAAAUAUGUCACUUAGUUCAGCCCUUGGAGACAGUGUUGGAUGAUAGCAUUGGCUGUGCAGUCUGGUUUGCUUCUAGAGGAAUUGGUCGGUUAGUGACCCAGGAUGAAGUGAAGUCGUACCAGAGCAAUGCAAAGGUAGUUCUUACUGGAAUUGGUGCAGAUGAGCAACUUGCAGGUUACUCUCGUCAUCGUGUCUGCUUUCAGAAACAUGGGCUGGACGGAUUGAAUAAGGAAAUUGAGAUGGAACUGGGUCGAAUUUCUUCUAGAAAUCUUGGUCGUGAUGACAGAGUUGUUGGUGAUCAUGGAAAAGAAGCAAGAUUUCCUUUCCUGGAUGAAAAUGUUGUCUCCUUUCUAAAUUCCCUACCAAUUUGGGAAAAGGCAAACUUGACUUUACCCCGUGGAAUUGGUGAAAAACUAAUUUUGCGUCUUGCAGCAAUGGAACUUGGUCUUACAACCUCUGCUCUUCUGCCAAAACGGGCCAUGCAGUUUGGAUCCAGAAUUGCAAAAAUGGAAAAGAAUAAUGAAAAGGCAUCUGAUAAAUGUGCAAGGCUCCAAGUCAUUUCCUUAGAAAACCUCUCUGUUGAAAAGGAGAUUACAAUGUAAUAUUUCACAACGUAAUAUCAUUUACUGAAUAAUGAUCAUAUAAAAAUAAAAUACUCUGCUGCUUUAUUGUUGUACAAUGUAGUGGUUUCAAGGUUCA